AUGGCAGCGAAUCAUAUGCGACUGCUUAAAAUACUGCUAAGCAUAUUUGCGCUUAAGCUAUGUUUUCUUAUGCUCUUGUACUAUCAGCAUGCGGCGGAGCAGGAGCAGCAGGAGCAGCUGCAACGUAGACAACGCUAUAUGGAAACUUUGGAUAAGCUGCUCAUCGAUACGCGUGAAAAGCCCAGCUUGGAGCAGCGACUGGCUGCCAUACGCGAGGAGUUGCCAGCGUUUCCGCUGGAGGAAAUGCUGCGUCAUGAGCGGCUGCAUGGCGUGCCCAAAGGCUGCGCACGCACGCCGCCGCUUUAUGACAUAAAAUUCCACAACGACUAUUGGCAGCAAGCGCCAGCGGAUAAUUUAACUUAUUAUCUAUUCGGCGCCUACUACGAUAAUAGAGCAGCGGUGGAGGAGGCGCCACUGGUGCGCAUCUUGGCCAUGAGCAAUCGCUAUGGCGUGCGUGGUGUUGUCAAAUUUCCACAAGUCUAUUGCCAGCUUUGGUUUAAGGACAACUUGGAGCCGCUAAUUGUGAAUGUAACUGAUCAUAAAAUACUUUGGAUAUUUGGCGGCGGACCCAAGAACGUGUAUCCAACGCUGCUAAGCUGUGCGCUGCCCAAAAGCAACAACAAGACGCAGCUCGUGCCACAAAUGGUGAGUUUGGUAGCCAAACGCUGCCAAGCGGCAAAGAAUUUGCUGCGCGUUGUUAACAACAAUAAGCGUAGCAGUCAGCCUGUGUCAGCAAGCAAUCGCAAUCAAACUGAGCUCAAGUUUAUGAUAUGCGUCAAGGCAAUGGAUUUCCCUUAUGUUGACUUGAGCUGGCGCCUCAUCGAAUGGCUGGAAAUGAUGCGUCUGCUGGGCGCGCACAAAGUUGUUUUCUAUGAUGCGCAAAUGCACGCAAAUAUGUCAAAGGUCAUCAGACACUAUAUGCAGGAUGACUUUGUGGAGCUGCAUCCCAUGUCGCAUGGGCGUGGCGAGCCGCAUGCCACGCCUCAUUUUGCACACUUUGCCAUGGAGGCGGAUUACUUCAAUCGCAUUCUAAACGAAAUGAUUCCCUACAACGAUUGCUUCUAUCGCAAUAUGUACAACUAUGACUAUAUAGGCGUCUUCGAUAUCGAUGAGAUUAUAAUGCCGCUGGGCAAUUUGAGCAACUGGUCGCAGCUCAUCGACGUGGCACAGCGCGCGCCCGACUAUCAACGCGACUCCAGUCACUGCAAGCAAUGGGCAAGUUUUUGUUUUCGCAACGUUUAUUUUCCACGCUAUGCGCAGCAACCCAAAAUAUUCAAAUAUCUGCCCAGCUUUUAUUAUAUGCUGCAGCAUGUGGAUCGCGUUGCGGAGCACUCCGAUCGCUAUUCGGCCACCAAGUGUCUGCACUCCACGCGCUACGUCGAGGGUCUGCACAAUCAUUUCCCCUUCUUCUAUACCAAACGCGCCAGCUGCGAUGCCAAGUCCGUGCCCAUUCAGUACGCCCAGAUGCAGCAUUACCGCGAGCCGGACAACAAGACGCAUCUGCUGCAUCCGGUGCGCGAUGACAACAUCUGGCGCUUCCAGCCGCAGCUGCAGCAGCGCGUCUUUGCCAAAUACGAGCAAUUGGGAUUUCUGCCCACGCUCGAGCAGUUGGCAGCGGCUCAAGCGGCGCGCAAGCGCAACGAUGAGCAGCAGCUCAAGGCGGCCAUAGGCGCCACUCACUAA